AUUUUCCACGUUUAAACCUGAUUGAAUCAUUUCAUUAGAAUGGGCCAAACUCAAACAGCUGCAUCUAAAACUGGAAAAGCUACUGAUUAUAUUAACAUCUCUGAUCAUCAGUGUAAUGAGAAGAUAAAUGGGAAGAUCAAAAAUAGUGAUGCUUCUGAAAGUAAAGAAAGAAAGAAUUCCCAUGUCAAGGUAUUCACUAAGGAGAUGGUGGGAAUACUCGAACUGUUGCAGUAUGCAGAUAAAUGGGAUAUUAUCCUCAUGGUAAUAGGAAUUGUAUGUGCUGUUGGAAAUGGAGCAGCGCUUCCCCUCAACACUGUUGUAUUUGGACAUGCGGCAGAAGGUUUGGUCGUCAGCGGAAAUAACGUAAAUGCUUCAAGUAACAUUUCUGGUUGCUCAUCAGGCUUUGAAACUGAAAUACCCAGAUUUACCCAGAAUUUUCUUAUAAUUGGUUUUGCCUCAUUCAUCUUUAGUUUUUUACAAAUGUGGACAUUUAUAAUCUCUGCAACAAGACAGACUAUGAGGAUUCGGCAAAUGUGUUUCAGUUCUAUCCUUCAUCAGGAAAUGGCUUGGUUUGAUUCAUAUCACAUUGGGACUCUGAACAGUAGACUAACAGAGGACAUUAAUACCAUAUAUGAAGGACUAUCCAUUAAAUGGGGCAUA